CAUGGAUGGAAUUGAUUUAUAUUGUGCUUUUAAUUUCUAAAUAUAAAUGUCUUAAUGCUGAAAGGAUUAGAGAUCAUUUUGUUUUGUUGGUUGAUAUGCUACAUACUUAAUCUUCCUUUGAGCCUGUUACUGAGAUCUAAAGGAGGUUAAAACAAACAACUCUGUGGUCGAACCAUGUUAAUAUGAUUUAGAUGGAUGAGCAAAUUAUGUCAUCUAAUAUAUUGGUACAGUGUCGAAUAUGCCACGAUGAGGAUGAAGAGUCAAACAUGGACACACCCUGUUCUUGUUGUGGCACAUUGAAGUAUGCACAUAAAAAAUGUGUUCAAAGAUGGUGCAAUGAGAAAGGUGAUACUAUAUGUGAAAUUUGCCAACAGCAACUUAAGCCCGGCUAUACUGCACCGCCAUUGCCUCCUCUGUUACAUUAUGGUGGUUCUCCAAUAACUUUUGGAUGGAACUGGGAGAUUUCAAGAAGGGAUCUUCAUAGCCACCAGUUCAUAGCGAUGUUUAAUGCUAAUCGUGAAUUCCUAGACCUUGACUUUUCAUAUUCGUCAGCACCUUCUACAAGAAGCUUGAUAUUUUGCCGCAUUAUUGCCAUUAUUUUUAUUGUUCUUCUUCUUUUACGCCAUACACUUCCGAUCAUAUUUAUACUCAGUGGAGCAAGAGCAUAUUCAUUGGCAGUGUUUAUGCUAGUAGUGUUGAGAAUCAUUGGAAUGAUUGUACCAGUGUAUAUAAUGGUUAAAGCUAUUAUUGCAAUGCAACAGUUCCAAUAUCAGACACUCGAUAAUCAGCAUUCCCCUAUGCAAGCACACGGGGAAGAUGAAAUAGGACAAUCUCAGUUGCGUGUCAUUCAUAUUCAGUGAUUCCAUGGUCAACUUCGGAUGAAGAAAUUGUUAUAACUUAUAAUGUUGAAAAGAUAAAUCAGAGUGAAGUCGUAAUUAUUUUUUACGUACAGGAAGGGUGAAAACAGACCGAAUUGAAGAGAUAUAAACAGACCGAAUUGAAGAGAUAUUUGAUGUAGUUACUCGUCUGUGAAAGUCCAUAUUCAAUGUAACUCAGGAUGUUGUUGUAUAUACAACAUAACCCCUUGUUACCAGAAACAAAAGAACGAGAAAGUAUAUACAUUGUCAUCACCAGAUAAAAAUAAAAUGGAUCCUUGUCAUCUAUAUUUUAAUUUA